GCAUCCAUCAAGAGUCCUCUUACAAAAUUUUUGCCACUUGGUCUUGGUCUGUUAUACCUUGGGAAGCAGGAAAGUGUAGAAGCUACAGCUGAGGUCUCAAAGACAUUUAACGAGAAGAUCAGAAAGUACUGUGAUAUGACCCUACUUUCUUGUGCCUACGCUGGGACAGGGAAUGUUCUGAAGGUUCAAAACCUCCUUUGGAAUUGUGCUCAGCAUUUGGAGAAGGGUGAAAACUACCAGGGACCUGCGGUGCUUGGAAUAGCAAUGGUGUCUAUGGCUGAGGAAUUGGGACUUGACAUGGCAAUUCGAACUUUGGAGCAUCUUUUGCAAUAUGGGGAACAGAACAUCUGGUGGUCAGUUCCUUUGGCUCUUGCCCUUCUAUGCAUAUCGAAUCCAAAGAUCAAUGUGAUGGAUACGCUAAGCAGACUUAGUCAUGACACGGAUUCAGAAGUUGCAUCAGCUGCAAUUAUUUCCCUUGGGCUGAUAGGUGCCGGGACGAAUAAUGCACGAAUUGCUGGCAUGCUUCGCAAUCUUUCGAGUUAUUAUUACAAAGAUGCCACCCUUCUUUUCUGUGUAAGAAUUGCUCAAGGCCUUGUGCACUUAGGCAAGGGUAUGUUGACUCUUAAUCCGUAUCACUCUGAUCGGUUCUUGCUAUCACCUGUGGCGCUUGCAGGUUUAGUUACCUUUUUGCAUGCUUGUCUUGAAAUGAAGGCCAUGGUACUGGGGAGAUAUCACAUCGUCCUCUACUUCCUCGUCUUAGCAAUGCAGCCAAGAAUGUUGAUGACGGUGGAUGAGAAUUUGAAGCCUCUGUCCGUUCCUGUACGGGUCGGACAGGCUGUAGAUGUGGUUGGCCAAGCUGGUCGACCCAAAACCAUAACAGGUUUCCAGACCCAUUCAACGCCGGUUCUAUUGGCUGCUGGCGACAGAGCUGAGCUAGCGAUGGAGAAGUACAUUCCACUGUCGCCAAUUUUGGAAGGAUUUGUGAUCCUGAAGGAGAACCCGGAUUACCAAGAGGACAGUUAAAGCUAGAAAUUUUGAGGGUUCGUGCACACUGUUUGGUUUGAAUUUUCUCUUAUGCUACAUUACAUGAGUAAAGAGUAUCAAUGUCCGAAGUAUUUUCAAUUAGAACGUGGAAUUGGAAUGUGGAAUAAGUACUGAUCCUAACAUUGAAAUAUUAGAUUGUGAC